GGCCUUAUACGAGGACAGACCUCAUAGGCUCUGCAAAAACGUUCGUCAGCUUGUACGCGGUGAGCUGUAGCUGCUUCUCGAGUACAGCGUGGAUAGGGGAGGCGGUGAGUAAAGACAACGAGGGUUGCUGCUCGGUGCCGCUACUGCCAAGACAGACCCGCGCUGCCCAACGAGCCGCUUGUGGCCGCGUCUGGGCCCUGCAACGAGCGCCUUCUAAGCCGUGCCGCCUCGAGCAGGCAAACAGGCCCACUAGGACUUUUCCGUGUUGCCGUGCCAUCGCCCGCUGACGAGGUGAGUGUUCCUCGAUCGAUUGAUGUCCGGCUCAACAUGAUCCAUGGCUACAUGUUGUGGCUAUACGCUAUACGUUGGUCUCUGGUUAACUGCGAUAGAGUCCCUUCUGCCGCAUAUUCAUACUAUACGAUGUGACAGAAUUGUAGAGAAACUAACUGCAAUGGAUCGUGCGGUUCCGCUAUUUUCGCGAAAGUGCAUAGCGUCAUCUGAGAAUGAACGUAUAAAUGGCCACAUCAUCUAGUCAGUUAUGCGCCCAAAGUGUGUUAAAAACGAUUGAUGUCACGGGUCUGCAGCGACGAACCAUAUACAGUUCGUGAACUAUGAACAGGUUGUGAACAGUUUCGGUUGAAAGUAAUGAUUGAAAUCGAUGCCAUGUUGGAUCUGUGUUGACAUUAUAUGAGUCAUAGCACGUUAUAGGCCGUCAUGUGUUACUGAAGAUUUAUUUGACACUUCUAGCGGGUGAAGGCAUAGUGUACUUUAGGAUUAUGCAUUAAAGGAAUUGAGAUUACGUUUGGCAACUGAUAUCCAAGUCCAUGCAUGGAUCCUUUCAAGAAAACGAUCCGUUUACGGGAUACCCUAAUGUUUCGCCGACUGCAGUUGAACAUGUCGCGGUAAAGUAGAGAUUAUGUGGCGCGGUGCAUUCAUCAUGGUUCAUGAAAAAUACAAGCAAGCGUACACUUGCUUCGUGUCGUUUCCAACAAUUUCAGAUCAUGCGGAUACUAUCGGUAUCAAGAACAAGUAUUGCUUGAGGCCCUAGAGGAGGACACAUCCAAGUCUGUAACAGUGCCAACUAAGAAGGCGGCUACCCGCGCCUGAAAGCCGUUAGCGUUGCACGGUGAACAAUACAGCUUAAGUUAUCUACUGGCGAUUAAAGUUCAAUUGCGAACGCAACACGACACGAUUUCGCUAGCCGUCUUCCUCGUUGUUUGACGAAGGCCAACGAAUUUACCCCGGAAGCUGCGCCAAAUCUGUACCCUACUGUUACUAGCUAAACGCGAGCCUUUUCCCAAUACAGAGUCAGCAGGGAAAAUGACGACAAUCGGGCCCGACAAAGCGUUUGUUAACUCGUUGCAGGGCAUACUUCGCAUUGCCGAAAUUAUCUUCGGACUAUGCGGGCUAAUAUGCAUCGAGUCGAUUCAAAACCCUUGUUACGAAAACUAUGUUCACCGUUACGAAUUUUCGCUAUUCGUUAUCAUAACGUCGUUUCUUCUUGCGUUCUUCUUCAUUAUCAUCUUCGUGAUGCGGGCACAGGAACUUAUGUCGAAUCUUGUGAACUUCCCUUUUUUCCUGUUGGUCUGUGAUAGUUUCACGGGUCUCUUCUAUCUAAUCGUAAGUCUUCUCGAGUUCUGCGCCUACUGCCAAGAUCCCGAUGAUAACGCCGCUUCAAAGGUGGCCGGUGUCUUUGGAUUAUUUUCUAUGAUGUGCUUCGUUGUAAGCUCGUAUUUUAGUUAUAAGUUUUUCCGGGACGAACGAUUCUCGAGUUCCCUUCCACCUCCACACGCGGGCCUGCACGCCGUAAGCGUCACGCCUUCCAUGGCGUGAUCGCCUUUAAUCUGCUACAACAAGUUUUAUGCACCGCCCGGACAUGAAGAGCAAAGAAACUCUCGUUAUAUCAGUUAUAGCAGUAGAAAUUUGUUUUGAGAGCUAUUGUGUAUCUACUGGAUGCAGGCAUCAGUCGUUGAAAAGAUAUUCUCCAAGAGAGAUUUCCCAGGGAGGAUUUUGAGACAGGCUGUCUUGAAUGGGAGGGGAGUCGGGGAAUUGUAUAUCCCUAAGUAAGUGCACUAGUCUCAACCAACACAGAAUGAUCAUCAUGUACUAAUUAGCGAAAAGAGACUCGAGCUCAGCAAAAGUCCUCAGCGCUUUCACAAAAGCUGUGCCAAAAUAAAUGUAAAAAAAUAAUGAUAAAAGCACUCAGAAGUCCAAGGUGUAAAAAAUUAUAGGUCAUCAUCUGUUUUUAUCGCAUCUAAAAAUCGCCCGCUACAUAUUUCGUAGCUGAUAUAUAAGGGUUGCUGAGAAUAUUUGCAAUGCCACUAAAAAUACGGGUAUCGAAGGUUGCACUGAAUUUUUUUUUUGAAAAAAAUUUUAGAAAAAGAUAGUUUACACGUAAUAAUAACGUAUACAUUUUAAAUGAUCGUAAUCGAAACCGAAACGCCAUGUGACUUCGCCUAUAUAUAUAUAUAUAUAUAUAUAUAUAUAUAUAUAUAUAUAUAUAUAUAUAUAUAUAGCCUGAACAACAGAAUAGCCUUUAUCGGUGCUAACGAUCCCCUCAGAAAUCUACCAGACAGUAAAAAAAAUGCGUUUUUAAUAAUUUUCAUUCAGUAAUUAGCGUUCUAGUAUAAGAAAAGAAAAUUUUAGCAUGACCGACGCAAGCGGAAGAGGUAACACCACUUAUUUUUUUGUGAGUAACUUACAACAAAGUUCGCAGUCUGUCGUUGUUUGAAACGAAGGUUAUACCAGGUAUGAUACUGUCCUUCAUAAAUGACAACAGCUCGACCUAUCAGUAACACAAAGGGGGAAGGUUGGGCAGACGAAAGCAGCGGCUCUUGAAGUAAUGUCGUUUUGAGACCAUUUUUCAUACUUAUACGAAUCUAUACGAGCUAUAAUCUUCUGAUCGCCUUAACAGAUGAAAGCACAACCACUCAUUCUCGAUGAUCAGUAUACCAUAUUAUAUACGUAAGCUCGCAUUGUUCUUAAUAUUAACUUUGAUGCAUACAAUAUUAACAGAACGAUGUCCGCUUAAUAAAAUAUCAAUCGACAGUCGUU